UCGACUUUUCCUCCCACAAUCUCCCUCUUUUUCUUCCCGUUUUCUUUCUUAGUGGUUGCUGUCGGCAGGGCACGCAAGACCUUACUUCUCCGGCCACUACCCUCUUCUGUCCAGAAGCGGCCAUCUUUUGCUCUUGCGCGUGCUCCCUCUCCCUCCAAGAGAUCACGUCGCCCAUCAAAAACACACGAGGCGCCAUAUAGAGCAGCUUGAACGUCGACUCUCCAUCGAAGUUCUCUCUGCGGGCUCCCCAGAGCGACCACGAGUCCUUUUUUCGAUACCCACGAUAGACGAUAGACCGCCCAUAGACGUUGUGCGGACGCUUUUGGUUCGAUCUCGAACUUGACCAACUUCGACUUUUUUCCAUCUCAAAUAAUACCCGCCAAAAUGUCGGCCAACGAGAAUGCGCAGUCCCUCAAGGUUUUGGAUGAGCUCAUGCAGAAGCUCACCAUUGCCAAGGAGGCGGACGCUUCCAAGGAGGCUUCGAUUGCUCUGGCUUCGUUCCUGAACGGCCGCAUCGAGGACGUUGACGUCCCUGUCAAGACGAUCGAGGCCCUGAAGAAGCAGCUCAAUAACAAGAAGGAUGCCGGCGCUCGCGAGAGGGCCCUUGGCGCCAUCCAGACCAUCGCCCAGCACUCGGAGGUCUCGGCACACGUCGAGCCUUUCCUCGUCUCUUUCCUGCCUGAGAUUUUCGGUGCUGCUGGCGACAAGAUCACCGCCGUCAAGAAUGCCGCCCUCGCUGCCGCUGCCGCGGUCGCCGAGGCCAUCAACCCCAACGCCGUCAAGGCCACCCUGCCCCCGCUUAUCGAGUCGCUCAAGAACGCCCAGAAGUGGCCCGAGAAGAUUGCCGUCCUCGACUUCAUCGACACCAUCGUCCGCACGGCCCCUGCUCAGACUGCCUUCCGCGUCCCUGAUCUGAUCCCCGUCGUCGGUGAUGCCAUGUGGGAUACCAAGAAGGAGGUCAAGGACCGCGCCUACAAGACCAUGGAGAAGAUUUGCGGCCUUAUUGUCAACAGGGAUAUCGAGCGCUUCAUCCCCGAGCUCAUCAAGUGUAUCGCCAAGCCUGAGAACGUCCCCGAGACUGUUCACCUGCUGGGUGCUACCACUUUCGUCACCGAGGUCACGGAGCCCACGCUUGCCCUGAUGGUUCCCCUGCUGGAGCGUGGUCUUCAGGAGCGCGACACCGCCAUCAAGCGGAAGGCGGCUGUCAUCGUGGACAACAUGUGCAAGCUCGUCGACGACCCCAACAUCGUUUCUGCCUUCUUGCCCAGGCUCAUGCCGAACCUCGAGAAGAACUUCGACAACGUGGCCGAUCCCGAGGCCCGUGAGAAGACCAAACAGGGUCUUGAUACUCUUAUCCGUGUCGGCAACGUCGUAAACGGCAAGAUCCCCGAGCGCCGCAACGACGGUGACAUUGCCACCGUCCUCGUGCACGUCAAGGAUGUUGUUGCGUCCAAGAAGCCCGCUGAGAAGUUCGGCCCUGUCCUCGAGUACAUCGCUGCCGUUGCCGGCCAGCUCAUCGAUGAGAAGGAGGUCGAAUCCAUCAGCUGGGCGACUGCCCUCAAGCCUUACAUCACCGUUGUCGUUGGCGAUUCCGAUUCGGAGAGCGUUUGCGACACCCUGCGCAGGAAGGCCUCUCCCGGCCUUGCCGCUGAGGAGGAGGGUGAGGAGGACGACGAGGAGGGCGAGGACCUGUGCAACUGCACCUUCUCCCUCGCCUACGGUGCCAAGAUCCUGCUGAACCAGACGCACCUGCGCCUGAAGCGUGGCCAGCGCUACGGUCUGUGCGGUCCCAACGGUUCGGGCAAGUCGACCCUCAUGCGUGCCAUCAACAACGAGCAGGUCGAGGGUUUCCCCAAGCAGAGCGAGGUCAAGACCGUGUUCGUCGAGCACGAUCUCGAUGCCGCUGACACUGAGAUGACCACCAUUGAAUGGACCAUGAAGAAGCUGGCGGAGGCCAAGGUUGAUGUCAGCAAGGAGGAAGUCACCUCCCGUCUUAUCGAGUUCGGGUUCACCGAUACCAUGGUUUCUGGCGAGAUCACUGCGCUUUCCGGUGGUUGGAAGAUGAAGCUGGCUCUGUGCCGUGCCGUCUUUGAGGCUCCCGAUAUUCUGCUGCUCGACGAGCCGACCAACCAUCUGGAUGUGAAGAACGUCAAGUGGCUCGAGGACUACCUCAUGAACUCCCCCUGCACCUCCAUCAUCGUCUCGCACGACAGCGGCUUCCUCGACAACGUCUGCCAGCACAUUGUCCACUACGAGCGCUUCAAGCUCAAGCGCUACCGUGGUAACCUGAAAGCCUUCGUCCAGAAGAACCCGUCUGCCAAGUCCUACUACGAGCUCGGCGAAUCCGAGAUUGAGUUCAGCUUUCCCGAGCCCGGUUUCCUCGAGGGUGUCAAGACCAAGGCCAAGGCCAUUCUUCGUGCCACCAAGAUGGACUUCCAGUACCCCGGCACCACCAAUCCCCAGAUCAGCGACAUCAGCUUCCAGUGCUCUCUCGGCUCCCGUAUUGCCGUCAUUGGCCCCAACGGUGCCGGCAAGUCGACCCUGAUCAACGUGCUCACCGGUGAGCUGAUCCCGACUGCCGGUGAGAUCUACCAGCACGAGAACAUCCGUAUCGCCUACAUCAAGCAGCACGCCUUCGCCCACAUUGAUAACCACCUGGACUCGACUCCUUCCGAGUACAUCCAGUGGCGUUUCCAGACUGGCGAGGAUCGUGAGACCAUGGACCGUGCCAACAAGAUCAUCACCGAGGAGGAUGAGAAGGCCAUGGACAAGGUGUUCAAGGUCGAGGGCACGCAGCGUCGCGUCAUUGGCAUCAACUCGCGCAGGAAGUUCAAGAACUCGUACGAGUACGAGUGCUCGUUCGCCCUGGGCGAGAACGUUGGCAUGAAGAACGAGCGCUGGGUGCCCAUGAUGUCGGCUGACAACGCCUGGCUGCCCCGCUCGGAGCUGCUCGCCUCGCAUCAGAAGAUGGUUGCUGAGGUCGACAUGAAGGAGGCUCUUGCCUCGGGUCAGUUCCGUCCGCUGGUCCGCAAGGAGAUCGAGGCCCACUGCGCCAACUUCGGUCUGGAUGCCGAGCUGGUUUCCCACUCGCGCAUGCGCGGUCUGUCUGGUGGCCAGCGUGUCAAGGUUGUCCUCGCUGCCUGCUCGUGGCAGCGCCCCCAUCUGAUCGUCCUUGACGAGCCGACCAACUACCUUGACCGUGACUCGCUCGGUGCCCUGUCCAAGGCCCUGAAGAAGUUCGAGGGUGGUGUCAUCAUCAUCACCCACUCGUCCGAGUUCACCAAGGAUCUGACUGAGGAGGUCUGGGCCGUCGUUGACGGCAAGAUGACUCCCUCGGGUCACAACUGGGUGCAGGGCCAGGGCUCCGGCCCCCGCCUCAAGGGUGAUGACGGCGGGGAGGAGGAGAAGUUCGAUGCCAUGGGCAACAAGAUUGUCAGCACCAAGAAGGCCAAGAAGCUCACCAGCGCCGAGGCACGCAAGAAGAAGAAGGAGCGCAUGGCCAGGAGGAAGCGUGGCGAGGAGGUCUUCAGCGACGAGGACGAGUAAAGUCGUUCGCGGACGAUCAAGGAAAUGAACGGGGAUGGGGAAAAAAGGGAGCAACAGAAUCGUUCAGAUCUUUUGCAUGAUGCUAUUUGCUAACGUUACGACACUGCGGGCCGCAUAAAACUUUCCGGUUGUUUUCUUUUUCUUUGUUGCGUGGGGGGUUUUUGUUUUUGGUCUGGGCAGGGUUCUGUAAUACCCCCUGCUUUUCUUUGUCUCAUGGAUUCCUGCGCAUUGCGGAUCAAUAAUUGAUCUCCCGGGGCCUGUCUUGCGUCUUUUUUUUUGGUAGACCAAUCCGCGAAAGAGGGCUUUGGAGCGCUGGCGACUGUUGGGGACUGGAGACCCUCGACGGAUGGCGGCGAUGUUGGGCUCUCGUUUGCGUUGUCGAGCCACAUUAGAGGCGGGGUAAAAAGGCCGGAUAGACUUCUGGGAGAUGUUCCGAUAGAUAGAGAUGGCAGAGAAAGCACAACAGUUAAAGCUACCAUGGGCUGUUUAGUGACUCGGGUUGAGACUGAUCUUUGGGAAGAAUGUAGCAAUGCUCGUGGGGGGAGCCCGAUGGCGCAGGCGAGAUUCGGAGAAAGGAAGUCACUGAAGGGGUCUGGAUAGUGUUAUCCAUUCA